UUGUGUACUAGAUGAUAACAGUGGGCACAUUGUUAAAGUGACUUUGUAUUUAAGGUUUCUCUGUGUUUUUGUCCAUGCCCGUGCAUAAUGACAGCGCUGGCCCGCCCUCUCUCUCCUCCCUCCUGUGCUGAGGUCACAGACGCGCUCAGACAGACUCGCCUGGCAGAACUCAAACUGCUUCUCACAGAGCAGAUAGAGGGAGUUCAGGGAGGAGGAAAUCUGUUUGCCGUUUGAUGUUGGAUUCUUUAGCAGAGAUAUGAGCCUGAGGAUCAGCAGACACUGAGACGACCGACAUGGACAAACAGAAAGUGCUGGCCAAGCUGAUCUGGGAUCUGCAGUCCUUCCUGUCUGUUCUGGACUCAGAGAACCUGAGUUACAUCGCUCAGGCUCAGAAGAAAUCCAUCUCAGAGCUGCUGUCCACGCUGCAGAAUCAGGACGCUCCAGUGGAAGAUGCCGAGUACAUGAUCAUGAGCUGUCCAUCAUCGUCUCCUAGCAACGAGCUGACAGACACACCUGCAAAAGCUGUCCGGGCCUCUGAGCUGGUCUCAAAUCAGGACCUGUCUGCGUGGCUGAGGAACGGGCUGCAGGGCCCCAAGGUGCCGCCCCACCCUCCAGGAGGUCUAGGAGGUGACGAUGAUGAUGAAGAUACGUACGAGGAGGCAGAACCUUACGUACCUGCUGACGCCACCGUGUCCAACACUGAGAAGGCGGAGUCAGACAGCAGCCACUACGAGUCCUAUGAUGAGGAAGACGAUGACGAUGGGGGGGAGGAGCUUGUGAAGGACAGAGCUCACUACAUCCAGUGGAGCGCCUCACAGCCCUGCCUGAAGCCCACGCCAGAGUCCCGCCUCUGCGGGUACCUGUGGAGGAGGAAGUGGCUCGGACAGUGGAGCAAAGAGCUGUUCAUCAUCAGGAACGACGUGCUGCUGUGUUAUAAGUGCGCCCGGGACCUGCUGCCUCAGCUGGAGUUGAACCUGCGCGGCUGUCAGCUCGUCUACAAGUCAAAGAGCAGCAGGAAGAUCCAACACCAGCUCAAACUGGUGCUGCUGGGCUCGGAGACGCUGGUGCUGGGCUACAGCACCUUCCAGCAGGCCGACGAGUGGAAGAAGGUGAUCGAGGAGGUGAGCAUCGCAGGAGAAACGGAGAUGCACAGCUACUCGUCUCUGAAUAAGUCAGACCAGCUGCUGUCCUGCAGGUCCAGUAUAGUCCAGUCUGACUCUGACGAGGAGAAACCUUCAGCUCGCUGCAGCCUGAGCAAGAACAAAGGUUUCCUGAACGUGCUGAUGAACUGCCAGUGGCAGAGUUUACUGUGUCGGGUGGAGGCCGGGGUCCUCAACAUGUUCGGAGAGGAGGAGGAGGCGGUGCAGGGGGAGCGCUCGCCUCAGUACACCGUCCAGCUCAGAGGCUGUGAGGUCAAACCCGACACCAAGCAAUGCUACAGGAUCACACUGAGCAUGCUCGAUGACCAGGUGGCGGUGCUGGAGGUGAGCAGCUCAGAGGAGAAGCAGCGGUGGUUGAAACUGCUGCAGGACGGCGCUGCGUAUUACUGUCACCAUGACAACAAAACACAGGAGCACUCAGGUGUAACUCUCAGUGGGCUGCAGACUCGCAGGUUUCCCUCCUCCAACACCUACAUGGACGACCCCUUCCACCUGAGCGAGGCGGGCCGAGACCAGCCCAUCUACUCCAACACCUCCGUCCUGGAGCACAUGCUCCACGGCUCUCAGGGUUCGAUUCGCUGCAGCUCGGUGUCGUCCAAAGGCUCAGUGACCUACAGCAACACCGUCCUCAGCGGCCACAACAGGAAGUCGGCCGAAGUGCAGCGAAGCAUUCAGAAGCUCGAGCUGACCGACAGGAAGGCGGUGCCGCUGAGGGCGGGGUCAGAGAUCAACCUGGCGUCCAGCGCAAAGCAAAACAAGCGCACCUCCUUCAGACAGUCCCUGGCCAUCUACAGUGAGCGCGCUCAGGCUGGCAUCCUGAACCCUCUGCUGCGACGGACGGCUUCAGCUAAAAACUCCCUGAGACGGGCUCCUUCAGCGCUGUUCAUCGAACACGGAAAAGUUUUCCAGAGGAGGAAGGAAUGGGAAACUAAAGCAGCUGCUUGACACCGGCUGCGUGGCUAAUAUCACAUCCCAUCAACUACUGUGGACUGUUUUUUUUUCUAGCUUUCAUAUUUUAUUCAGAGAUGGUGCAGGGAGAGUGUGCAAAAGCAUUUUAACACGUCUAACAUUAAAACAAAUAAACCCCUUAAUGCCCGACAUGAAGCCGGUCACGAGCACUGCGUUCGCUGCUGUUGAUCUCUCAGCUGAUCUCUCGUUCGUGCCCAUUUUAAAAGUUUACAUUUCCAACCAACAACAGGAAAUAAUCAUUUUAAAUAAAGCUGAAAGAUAACAGCUAGAUAAUAAUACUGUGUUCAGUGCUAAGGUUGGUAUUUUAGCUAGCUAACAUGCUAAACAGAGACUUACCGAGCUGUGAAAGUUUUAGUAAACAGCAACUGAUGAACAGAAUUCAGAGAAACCUCUGUCACUAAUUUCACUGUUUCACGUCCAUUUCAAAAGUUUACACUUAAAGCCCCAAAAGGUUGAUUCUGUUCAUCUGGACGUUUUCAGUGGGAGAAACAUUUCGUCAUCAUCAGGUGACUCCUUCAGUCUCAGCUGACUGCAGGUUUCAACAUUAUAAACAGGACAUUUGCAUAAUGACUGAAACUAGCACCACUGAAUGAACACUGGGCUGGGAGGUCAGUUCCUGGAUCCAUUAAACCAACCAAACAAUUACAUUAAAAAAAAACAACAGGAAGUGAUAUUUUUUAGUAAAGCUAAAAAGCUACAAAAAACAGCUAGCUAAUAAUACUGUGUUCAUGCUUAUUUACUAUUUUUUAGUAAAUUUACAAACCCUCCUUAUAAGGAAGACACGUAGAUGCAGUAAGCUGCCCCUCCACAGGCUUCCAGAAACGGCUAAUCAGAUGAAAGUGGGCUUUUAGGGAGGGGGGCCUUAAAGAGACAGGCACCAAAACUCAGCUGCAGGUAGAAUAAAAACCACAGCGAUGAGCAGUGACCACUUGUGACCAGAGGGGGUGCUAAAACCGUCGCUACAAAGAAAUAUUUUCACAUGUAAAUGUCUGAAUUUACUUUUGUACUUUUAUGGUUUCGCGUGGAUCGUUUCCACUCAGUGUAUGAAUGUGUUUUAUUAUCCAGCGAUAGUUUUUAACGUCACACUGAUGUUUUAAUUUUUUAAUAGCACAUUUAUUUUAUGGUUUAAUUAAAUAACAGUUUUCAGCAUGUACUGAGCAGCACAGUGUAAUAACGGCUUCCUGUCUAUAACCACAACACGUCUUUGCUGUUCUCAGGUGAACGUCCACACUGACCUGUAAAAUCAUUUGUUUGUACAAAAAGUCAGAGGAACACUUUUGUGGCAUAUCGAUAGAGUGUAAUUAUUUCUUCUUCUGAUGGUAGAACAGUCUUUAAGUAUUUUUUAUGUACAUGUGAUUUAGGAAAUCCUUUCAAUCUCGGAGCAACAGGAGCAAACUUGUUAUUUCACUGAGUUACUGACACCGUCUGUAAGCUGAUAUUUCCUCCCACACACGACCUCUGCAGCAGCUGUGCUGCUCUCACUCUCAUUUAUGUGAUUAAACUCUUCGUACUUCUCUAA